UUUGUUGACCACGUCUCCAUUUCAUUUAACACGAGUUGGUCGCAGAUGCGCGGGCCUAUUAUAUGACGUUUACUCUGCAUGACUGGUUUGACGAGGAAAGCCGGCAAAUCCUUAACCAUAUCGCUGCGGCCAUGAAGGAGGGGUAUUCGAAGCUGAUCAUUGAGGUGUUUGUUCUGGCUGAUAAGGACUGCGCGAUGCUACCAACCAUGUGGGACUGGGAAAUGUUAGUUUUCUGCAACAGCAUGGAGCGGACGGUUAGUCAGUGGACCAAGGUGCUCGAUUCGGCUGGCUUCCGGGCAGUCAAGUUCUGGGCGCCUCCGGGAGACGGACAGAGCAUCAUCGAGGCUGAGCUGAAGCCCGCUGUUGGGUUCAGUAGAAGUAUGUUGUAACGUUGUAGGGAUAGUAUGAAUCUAGAUUGCA